CAGUUUCUAAUAUUUAGAAUUUUCAAUUUUUUAAUUUGGUGCUACAUUGAACAACAACCAAUCAAAAUUGGGCAUCAGUUUACCUCACCGCCUCAUCCCGCAAAGUUUCCCCCCUUUACUCAACGCUCGCUAUAUUCCUAGGUCCACUAUACACAGCCAUUAGGCCAAUAUGGCCGACGAACUGUCAUUCGGUUGACAUUUCAUUGAAUUUUCAUCGACGACGCCGAACGACCGACCUUUGCCAGCGAAACAUAUUCCAAGACCACGUGCGUAUAAGUGCAAAAAAUUACGACACUGAUCAGCUCGUUGCAUUAAUUGAGAUUACAAGCAUCGCCGUGCUGAAACUAAUCUAAGUGGCGGCGCAACGGCAGUCUUCCUCGACACGCCGGUACAGUACCGCACAAAAUUCAACGAACCCACGAUUGAGUACAAUCUGUAACAAAAAGUAAUUUAAUAUCGCUACGAUAAACGUACCAAAGAUAAGUGAGUACCAAACAAUGGAGCGGAAUGUAUAAUCAACGCGAAUCCCAUAGGAAUUGAAAUAUUUUCGACAAAUAAAGUGUUGGACAAAAAAUAUCUUUUUUUUGUUCAUGCCUUUCAAAUGCUAUCAAAUAAGGAUUAUUACUUGUAAUAAUAAGAUACCAAAAAUAAAAAUAAGAAUUUAAGUUAAAAACUUAAGAUGGGGAGCUCCGGUUUAAGACAGCAUUACGAAACCGCGAAAAAGACUGGUACGUUAAAAUUAUCGCAAAGAAAACUCGACGAAUUUCCACAUGAUCUACGUGCCUUAGCGCCACUGCUACGCACUCUGGAUCUCUCCGAGAACAAGUUUACUCGUAUUCCCGACGACAUCGGUAAUUUUACUUUGCUGAAGCAGUUGAAUAUCAGUCAUAAUAAAUUGAUUGCUUUACCAGAAGCUCUCGGAAAACUAACAAAAUUGGAGGGUUUAUACGCGAGUUCGAAUCAGAUUAGAAGUAUACCAUGGUCUGUAUCGAAAUUGACGCGCUUAAAACACGUCAACCUAUCUGACAACCAGAUCACCGAAUUCCCCACUAUGUUUUGUUAUUUAAAUUUCCUGGAUGUGCUGGACCUGUCCAAAAAUCGAAUCACGACGAUUCCUGACGCGGCUGCAUCGUUACAUGUGGUUGAACUUAACCUUAAUCAGAAUCAAGUAUCUACCAUCUCGGAGAAACUAGCAAACUGUUCGCGCCUAAAAACACUGAGGCUCGAAGAAAAUUGUUUACAGUUAGUCGCGAUACCCAGCAAAAUUUUGAAAGAUUCGAAAAUUUCUGUUCUUUCUGUCGAAGGAAAUUUAUUCGAGAUGAAACAGUUUGCCGAUUUAGAUGGUUAUGACACUUACAUGGAAAGGUACACUGCGGUAAAGAAAAAGAUGUUUUAAUAUAUUUUUCUGUGUACUAUUGUAUAAAUCAUAUUGUUAACUAUAGCAUUACACAAAUAUUUUAUAACUAUCAUGCCGCAUUGUGUUCGAGUAAUUACUCGAUAUUUGUGAUAACAUACUUCAAAAAAUAAAGUCUUAAUUGUAAUAAUUAGUGUUUUGAAUAGUAUCCAAGUGAUAUAAAAGAUUACGUAGUUUUUGUUAAACAUUUUGCAAUAUAAUACUUUGUAUUCUGUGUUGCAGUACGAUUCUUAUCAACAAUGUUUCUAUGCACAAUUACAAUGUACAAAUGAGGAGUGUAAAUAAAAUACAUUUCAUAAAAAGGCCUUGACAUAAUCCUAGCUUAACCUUGUAAUGACCCAACCUAACUGUAACAUAAAUAUACAACGACCUAACCUAACCCUACUUUGACCUUAUCUCCCG